AUGAACGGCGAAUACGCACAGAAGCCACCAACGUACGCAUGGGAUGUAGGCGUUGGCCUGGAUGCUUUAAGACAAAACAUUAUCGAUUUUAUUAUUUUUUGCGGCUUCAUAGCAAGUAUUUUGGGCUCCUUUUAUUUUUUUUACUGGCUGAAAACUCGCGAAAUGAGAAAUAUGUGCAGCAAAAAUUAUUAG